UUUUUUUUUUGGCUUUCGUGAUUAUCUUGCAUUUGCUGGUUUGGUAUUCUUUCUGAGUUAUUGAGUAUCUUUAGCCAAUUUCUGUGCGGUCUUCCUGUUUUUCACUCCCUUUUUUAUUCUACUCUUCUGGAGAGCUAUAGAGAAAAUUCAAGAGAGUUUGAAUGUUCUGAGUAUGAACAAUGCUUGAAGCUUUUGGGAAGAACAGGGCAAGGGGGUUUUUGGGGGUUGAUGAGGGGAUUUUAGUAGAAAGUUGAGAGUUCUGAUUCUUGUUGGAGAUUAAUGGAAAAUACAGGAAGAACAUCGUCUUGUUUAUCUAUUUCUGAGAAGAAGACUCAUAAGCCUGGUGGUUGUGUUGGCAUUUUCUUCCAGCUCUUUGAUUGGAACCGGAGGUUGGCUAAGAACAAGCUAUUCUCCCGGAAAUUGCUUCCUCCAGCUCGUUCUAAACAAGUAGCUAGCAAGUUCAAUGGUGGUGAUAAGAUGUUGGCUUCAAAGAAUCAUUUGAUUGCUGAUGAAAAUCGAGGCGGUUUCCCAAAUGUUAAGAAGAAUGGAAGUCAUUGUACCGAUUUAAGGCACAAGAAUGAAACGCGAGUUCCAGGACUUGUUGCUAGACUCAUGGGGCUUGAGGCCAUGCCUGUUACAAGUCGAGAUAGACCGAAGAAAAUUGGUUGUUCUAAUCCUUGUGAUAAUGUGGAAAAGAAAACAGUGGAGGAUAUGAAUUUGGAUAAAGCCAGGCCUCUAAAGCUUAAAAAAACGAGGAACGUGGAGGAGGGGAAGGUGAUGAGACGAAUAGGAGCUGAGGCACUGCAGUAUAAGAGUGUCGUGUCACGAUCAAGAAAGCCUCCACCUACUCCUAAACUUCCUUCAUCGACAAAAAGUCCUAGGCUUCCCUUAGGGAGGAAUGUGUCUAGAGCGUCCCGGUUGGUCGAUGUUGCUAGCAAAAUAUUGGAGCCUGGUCUGCAGAUGUCAAACAGAGCGAAAUCUGCUAUCACGCUUCCAAACUCUCUGCAUUGUUCCUUGAAUCAGGAUAUAUCGAGGGAAAUUGGUGUUCUGCCAUUGGAAGGUCAUCAUUUUUCGAAGUCCUUGGUGGGACAGGCAUCGUGUAAAACGUGCAACGAUUUGCAGAAUGUGGAAGAAUAUCCCUCUGCAAUUCCACCCCUGGGUUCAACUCAUGGCAAUGCCUCUUUUCAGGGAUCUGGAAGGAGUGAAACAAUAACGCACUUGCCACUCGAGCAAGAUAGAGCUGAAUUUCGCCCAACCAUUUGUGAUCGACCUAAAACUUUUGCUUCCAUACAUAAUGAAUCUAAGGGGGGUUGCAUGAUAUCUCAUGGUGAUUCUAUUGCAGACAAAGUGCCUCGCAAGGUUACGACAAAUGAAUCAUCCAUUGUCAAGCAUUGCAGUCAAUCUCGAGAUCAUAUGAUAUCAGUCAGAGAUAGGAUGUCAUCCACGUCGAGGUCAAAUAUUCCACCAAGCAGAAGAACGACAUCGCCUGCUAAUGCUGUGAUUGGGACCAAAAAUUUCAUUGCUUUAAAUCGAAGUCUUAAUGGCUGCAGUCGAGGGAAUUCUAAGUAUGGCCUAGAAAGGAAGUCUUUUAAUGGAGGUGAAGAUUUCUCAUCACAGUCAGGUACCUCACCAAGGAAAAGGAGGACUGCUCACUUAAGUGCACAAAUCGAAAGCAAACCGUCUGUCAAUUCAUCGGCUGCAAAACAACGACCCCCACUGUGUGAUAACUUGUCUGGAACAAGUUCGAGGCUCAAACGCAAAGCUCUCCCCAAAAAGCAGCUUUGUGCCAGUAAUAGGCUAGCUGGUCAUAGAAAUGCUGCUGACAGAGUUUGCAAAAGGGAUAAUGACAUUGUUUCGUUCAUCUUUGAUUCUCCCGUUAGGCAGAAAACCACGGUUGCAACGGAGAUCGAGAGCAUGGAGAAUGAGAGAAAUACGUCAUCCCGAAAGCCAUCCUUGUUUGGAGGAGAUGCCUUAGAUAUCCUGGAACAAAAGUUAAAGGAAUUAACUUCUCAAGAAGACGAUGAGAGAAAUGAGUCGGCAUUGAAGAAGCCCGCUUCUGUAAUCAUUCAAGAACUGAUAGCUGCAGUAGAAGCUGCACGGAAAGAUUCGUCGGAGGUUUCUGCAGUCGAUGUGGAUGUAACUUACUGUAAUGAUUCAAAGGAAGAACGGCUCACAAAAAUAUCGAAAGGACGAGAUCAACUUAGCCCGGGAUCCGUUCUUGAAGCUUCAUUCUCGUCCAGUAGCAUGGAUGAGAGCUCAGGAUGCAUAAUGCCAGCCGAGUCUGUUGAUUGUUCCAUCGAUCAGUCACAUCAGUCUGAACUCGAUGCCGAUAUUUUAGAUUUCGCAACCUCCUUUAGUGAAUGGAACGUCUGGAGUGAAAGAUUGACUGACGUCUUCAAUGCCAUUUCUAGCAUACUGCAAAUCUACAGCCUUACCGGUUUGAAACUUGCUCGUGCGAAAGAGGUUAUGCUCAACACCGAAAUUUUAUUCGGCAGGGAUGAAAACAAGCUUCUCAUUUUGCCACUUUUCAUCGACGAACUCGAAACAUUCGCGUGUGAAAUGUGGACAAACUUUAGCGACGUCGACAGCAAGGAGGUAAACCAUCUAAGAGUGUUUCUUUUCGACUGUCUGAUAGAAUGCUUAGACUCGAAACAUAGCGAGCUAUACUAUGGUGGAUCCAAUGGUUGGAUAAGAACAUCCCGAGCACAAAACGCAAGAGAAUUAAUCCGAGACGUCGAGAAGGAGAUCAAAAAAUGGGUACGUUUUGUUGGGAUGAUGACUGAUGAGAUAAUUGAAUGGGAAAUGAAUCAUUCCUUGGGGAAAUGGAGUGAUUUUAGCAUUGAAGAACUGGAGAAUGGGGCUGAAAUUGAUGGGUACAUUCUUCAAGUAUUGCUUGAAGAAAUUGUAACAGAGCUUUGGAUCUGAGUUUGAAUUGUCAAGUAAUAUUAUAGGCUUUUGUGUGCAA